AUGGAUUACGGUGAAACUCGAGGGAAACGGAAACAGAAGCAGAAAAAUUCGGUACCGGUACUCUCAAAAAAAACUUCUCAAGAAUACUUCGAGGGUAGACUGGAAGAUGUCAAGGCUGGGGAGAGUCAAUACCCUCACUUUUCUGUGUCAAUGUCGAUUCCUGAAUUCAUUAAAAGAGGGGAUUGUGUUGAAACAUCUCCUGAAACAUCUCUAGCAGGGCGAAUCAUGAGCAAGCGGAGUUCCUCUUCCAAGCUCUUCUUCUAUGAUCUACAUGGUGAUGGUUGCAAGGUCCAAGUUAUGGCUAAAGCAGAUGAGUCAACGUUAGAUGAAGCUGAGUUUUCAAAGCUCCAUGCAAAAGUUAAGCAUGGGGACAUUGUUGGUGUCAUUGGUUUUCCAAUGAAAACAAAGAAGGGAGAGUUGACUCUCUUGUCCCGGUCAUUCACGCUUCUAUCCUAUUGCCUCCACAUGAUAGCAGAUACUUCGAAGAAAACUGAAAACUGGUCUCCAGGGCAACCUCGAAAUCCUACAUCUUAUAUUCUAAAGGAUAAGGAAAUUAUAUAUAGACAGAGGUACCUUGACCUCAUGAUCAACAAUGACGCACACAAAAUAUUACUUGCCAAAAGUAAUAUCACCAGCUACAUCCGAUCUUAUUUGACCAAGCAAAAUUUUUUGGAGGUUGAGACACCUGUCAUGAGCAUGAGUGUUGGUGGAGGAGCUGCCAAACCAUUUUCAGUACACCAUGGUGAUAAAACUACAGAAAUGUAUCUGCGUAUUGCACCUGAGCUUUAUCUGAAGCAGCUUGUAGUAGGUGGACUUGGCCGUGUGUUUGAGAUAGGGAAGCAAUUCAGAAAUGAGGGUAUUGACAUGACCCACCAUCCGGAGUUCACCAGCUGCGAGUUCUACAUGGCUUAUGCAGACUACAACGAAUUGAUGACAAUGACUGAGGAUUUGCUGAGUGGUUUGGUGAAGGAAAUAACAGGUGGUUGCAAAAUCAAGUAUCAUGCUAAUGGGUAUGAUAAGGAACCAAUCGAAAUCGACUUCACUCCUCCAUUUAGAAGGCUUGAUAUGAUAGACGAGUUGGAGAAAGCGGCUCAGCUUGAGAUUCCUAAAGACUUGGCCAGCAAAGAAGCCAACACGUAUCUCAUUGCUGCUUGUGCAAGGCUUGACGUCAAUUGCGCUUCUCCCCAAACAACAUCACGACUUCUAGGAAAGCUUGUUGAAAAAUAUUUGGAAGAGAUGUGUGUGAAUCCAACAUUCAUCAUUCACCAUCCGGUGAUUAUGAGUGCUUUUGCCAAAAGUCAAAAACAUAAUGAUGGUUUUACUGAGAGAUUUGAGCUUUACAUAGCGAAACAAGAACUAUGCAAUGCUUAUACGGAGUUGAACGAUCCGGUCUCUCAGAGAAAGAGAUUUGAUCAUCAGCUGAUGGAGAGAGAAUGUGGAGAUGAAGAAGCCAUGAUUUUGGAUGAAGGAUGUUAUUAA